UCUACAGAAGCAGCUAACAAGCAGGAAGUGGUACCUCCUGUUCAGCCGCCGCUUGUUACCGAAACCGCGACCUCUGUCUCCUGUCUCUCACCGGAGCAGCCAGCCGACCUCGCCGUUACUCCCUCUGUUGUAUCAACACAGCCUCUACCCGAAAUUGAUGCUACGCAACCGAACCCUGUAGCACAGCAGCCCUCGCAGUCGACCCUCCAAAAGGUGAGUUUUAUGUUGGUCUUUUAA